CGACGCAAUGAAGUGAAUUGAACAAAAUUAGCGUUCAUUUUGGUUUUUGAACAAUCAAUGCGGUGUGAUUGUGAAAAAAGUAUACAGACAACAGACCUUGAUAACAGGCUAAAGUGAUAAGUUAUCUUGGCAACUUCUAGAAGAGUGCCAAUAGCUCGAAAAUUGUUCAACUGAAAAUUGAAUCAUUCAUUAUUCAGCGAAUUCAUUUAAGGCACAACACUAGAAAUGGAAUGGAUUGUAUCGCUGUGUUUGGUGCUGUUUCUGUCAUUGAAUUGUGUGUGCACCACCAGUACUAGCAGUAGCAGCAGUAGCAGUAGCAGCCACGAAGAGAAUGAUUUGUAUAGAACGGUGGAAACACACGAUGGUGCUGUUCGUGGGCUGCGAAAAUAUACGCUCUUCCAAAAUGUUAGAUAUUACGCGUUCCUGGGCAUUCCAUAUGCAGAGAAGCCAGUAAAUCAUUUACGAUUCAAGGCGCCAAUACCGAUAGCUGCAUGGAAACCAAAAGUGCUCGACACAUUUCAUUAUGCAAACUCUUGCAUCCAGCAAUCGUUUGCUCUUGGUAACUCUGGACCUGAAUCCGAGGAUUGUUUGUAUCUCAAUAUUUUCGUACCAGCACACAUUAAAUCACAGAAAAAACUGCCGGUAAUUUUCUACAUUCACGGUGGUGGAUUCGCCGAAGGUUCGGGCAAUGAUUUUUUCUUCGGUCCCGAUUUUCUAUUGGAGAAAGGCUUGAUCGUGGUGACGACUAAUUAUCGAUUGGGCACAUUUGGCUUCAUGUCUCUCAAUACAAAGCAUCACUCGGGCAAUAUGGGCCUGAAGGAUCAAUACACUGCAUUAAAAUGGACACAUCACAAUAUUGGGGCGUUCGGAGGACACAAACAACGAAUUACAAUCUGCGGUCAGAGUGCAGGUGCUGUAUCGACUCAUUAUCAUGUUCUCUUUCAUCAAUCACGAAAAUUAAUUCGUGGCGCAAUUUGUUUGAGUGGUUCAGCAUUUCUGCGCUAUGCGUAUUUGGAUGAAAAGAGUCACGUGAAGAAAAUGUACGAUUUUGCUCGCAAGAGCAAUGCAUCUAUUCAGCACAUGGACCAAUUGGUCGAUUUUCUCGAACGUGUGCCAUCACAACAAAUUGUAGAUUCACUUUCGCAACAAUCAUAUGGUCGAACGUUGAUUUUUGACUGGGCACCAGUUAUUGAAAACAAAUCAGCAAUUGAACCAAUUUUAACCAAAACUCCGCAGGAAAUGUACGAUAGUAAUCGUCAGUUGAAUGUCAAUACAAUGUUUGGAUACACCAAUAACGAAUGCCUUGGAUUGGUUUGGAAUGAUGUUUCAAAUUCAACUCGUUUAAAUGAAUUUCUCAAAGAGUGCAAUUUAGUAUUGCCGGUACACAAACUGAAGCCAGACUUCAAAUCAAGAUCAUAUCGUCGACUAACAAACCGAGUGUGCAGUCAUUAUAUGCACAAUGUUACCACCGAUCAUGAUAAAGCUGUGCAAUUCGUAAACAUGAUAUCCGAUUUGAAUAUGGUCACGCCAAUCGAUCGAGCGGUCAAAACACAAGCAAGGCACUCAAAACGACCAACAUUCUACUAUCAAUUCUCUAUCGCUGGUAAAUUGAACUAUAUCAAACAUAUACUGAAGACUAAAUGGCCGGGAGCUAUUCACUGUGAUGAUUUGUGCUUCAUUUUUCGAUGCCAUUCAAUUGAUUCCGUGUAUCGUAACAUCAUGGAAACGCUAAAUCAUGAUGAGAUCAGCAAAAUUAGCUAUGAUACCGUUCAACACAUGACACAAAUGAUCGCCAAUUUCGUUAAACACGGGCGACCCACUGUUGAUGGUAGGCCAACCAGAGGAUACCAUCCGGUUUGCGGUCGGCAUGUCAAUUUUCUUGACAUUACAAAUACUGCUAUGAUUCCAGGUGUAUCACCGAAGAAAGAGGCCAUUCGUUUUUGGAAUCGCAUCUUGCAAAAGGCAGAAGCGCUUGUUCACUAAUCUUUUUAUUUUCAUAGAUUUGGAUUGGACGAUAUGAUAAUAUGAUAAGAUUUCGGAACCAAUUAAUAAGAUCAUUUUAACGUAAUCAAUUCAACUGAAACAACAUUUCAUUCAAAGUAUAUCAAUGAAAUUGUCCAUUAACUUUACUUUCAAUGCAUUCAUGUUAUCAUUAUUUGGAUUUUUUUUAUUUUCAUAGUAUUAUAAUUAUAAAAAGAAUAAUAGAUACAUAACCCAUUCAUUUUCACUAAACUGAAGUAAUAACCAUUGAAUUUUAUGAGUACACAUUUUUUUUUGUGAUGAUCGUAACGAUAGCAUAGUCAUUCUCCAAAAUGUUGCUAAACAUUUUCAGCCAGACACUCAAUUACAAUACAAAAAAGACGGAAAUCAUUGUGUCUGUAUAACACAUCCAUACUAUUUUUUUUACUUUCAUACGCGAUUGUUAACAUUGUACACAUACAAAAUACAUUGUACACAUACAUAAUAGUGUUGCUAUCUGCAAAGUUGAUAUAAUAUCGAAAAUAAUUGAAGAGGCUGGUUGUAUGUAGACUAUAACUGAAGUCACGUGCACUUGAUAUUGAAUUAAAAUCAAUGACAAAAGCUGUUGGAUGAAACAUUCUAUCUCUGCUAUAUAUAAUAAGAAUAUUAGUUAAAACGCUAUAUAAUGAGUAAUUGAUUUAUAAUCAAGUUCUGUCUACUGUUCUAAAGUUAAAAUUACCACGUUAUCAAAUUAUCACUCGAUUUGAUUUUUCAAUGCA